AUGGCGUCAGAUCCGCAAAUCAAAAACUCAAACGUAGACGUACUAAUCAUCGGAGCUGGUCCUGCUGGUGUCAUUGCCGCUGACUGGCUCGCGAGAUUCACCAAAUACGGUGUUAAGACAAGGGUGGUGGACAAGCGCUCGCACAAAGUCUUCACCGGACAAGCAGACGGACUCAACCCGCGCUCUAUUGAAAUGUUCCAGUCUUUCAACAUUGCAAACAAGAUCGUCAGUGAAGCGAACCCGAUGAAUGAGGUUUGUUUCUGGGCCCCAAAUGAGAGCCAUGGUGGUAUUGAGCGUGGUAGACGUAUUCCAGAUACCAUCCCUGGUAUAUCAAGAUACGUCCAGUCUGUCCUCCACCAAGGUAGAAUCGAGAGACACAUCCUCGACGACAUGAACGAAAAGAGCAAUGGUACAAUGAAGAUCGAGCGUGGUGUGCUUCCCGAGACGUUGGAAGUCAAUGAAGAACUCUGCCAAGACGACAACGCGUACCCAGUCAAAGUCGGUAUUCGCCAACUCUCAGAAGAGGAAUCACGUCCAAAGCUAGGCUCAAAGAACGGUGAAGUAGAAUCUGGUCUCUACAAGUCAAACCUCGUCAAGGAUGAAGACGAUGACGUCGAAUUCAAACCAGAUGUUCCGGUCGGCGACAGAGAAAUUAUCAACGCAAAGUAUGUUAUUGGUGCAGAUGGUGCGCACUCGUGGGUGCGUCGUCAAUUAGGAUUCAAGAUGCAAGGUGAAGGAUCUGAUUUCGUUUGGGGUGUUGUCGAUGGUGUUCCAAUCACAAACUUCCCUGAUAUCCGCUGCCGUGCUGCUAUCCACUCAAACGCUGGUAGCAUGAUGAUCAUUCCACGCGAAGGUAGCCUCGUUCGUCUGUACAUUCAGCUCAACUUGCAAGUGGACGAGGGUGGACAUGUCGACCGUAGCUUGAUCACACCAAAGAUGCUGAUGGACCAAGCUAAGGCUGUGUUCCAUCCAUACUCGAUCGAGAUUCCUGAUAUCAUGUGGUACACCGGUUACCAAGUCGGACAACGUCUCACCUCGGAGUAUGCAAAGAAUGACCGUGUUUUCAUCGCCGGUGACGCUUGCCACACGCACUCUCCUAAGGCCGGUCAGGGUAUGAAUGCAUCCAUGGCUGACACAUACAACCUGUGUUGGAAAAUUGGUCAUGUCUUAGCUGGACACGCUCCACGCUCCAUUCUCAAAACAUACGAGAGCGAGAGACGUCCAUUCGCGGAGCACUUGAUUAUGAACGAUGCCCAACUCGCCAAGCUCUUUUCAGGAAAGCCAUUGUCAUCAGCUGAGCUUAAUGAACUUGGUGUCGACAUGAAGGACUUUGAAAACAUUCUCGAGAGAGGAAUUUCAUUCUUUUUGGGUACUUCUAUUGAGUACUUCAACUCCACUGCCACCGCCAACGGAAGAGACGGUAGACUUUCAUCGAAGCAGGAGCUGGCGAAGAAUAUACCAGUCGGACAACGUUUCCCCUCUCACCAAGUCGUCUCGCAGUUCGACGGCAGACACUACCACUUAGUCGACACCAUGUUUGCUGAUGGACAGUUUACUAUUGUGUUAUUCGCAGGCAAUAUGGACAAACAAGUAAACCGUCAACGUUUGCAAACCAUUGCUCAACGUCUCGACAGCGAUGAUGGCGUAGUGAGCAAGUAUACACCUAAGGACAGACAAAGAGAUGGCGUGAUUGACGUCAAGACAGUCCACUGUGGAGGCAGAACGAACAUUGAAGUGCAUGAGUUCCCACAACCAACUAUUUACCCACCAGGCACAUACAACAAGCUCUACGUCGACGACGUUUCCUACCACGCAGGUCACGGAGAGGCUUACAAGAACUACGACAUCAGCAAGGAAGAUGGUGCUGUUGUUGUUGUGCGUCCAGACCACUUUGUCGGAUUAGUUACCUCGCUCGACGGUGCUGGUAUGGAUGAUGUCGACAAAUACUUUAGCGGAUUGCUCAAGACUGUUCCGGCAGAGCAACGCAACUCGGCAAAGGAUAUCAAGGUUAUUCCACAACCUAAAGUUUAA